UCCUGUUUUAUGCGGAAACCACAGACUUGACAACAAACUGUGGAUUUUUCUCAUUUCUACCUAUUUUUUUCAAUUUGCGGACUAUUGCUAAAGUCCUUCCGCCGUAUGUACUUGUCUUUUUGAAGCCUGCUGUUGAGUCACUGAGUCUGUGUAGUGGAUGUAAUCUGCCGCUGCUAGGUGUUUUGUUUUUUUUUUUAAUCCCAACUGAGCUCUCUGUGCUCAGAUACCUGACACACACACACACACACACUCACACACCGGAGCAGGGCACCCAGUAAAUGGCCUGCACUCUGGAGAAAGUGCUGGGCGAUGCUCGGACGCUCCUCGACCGGCUGAAGGAGCAUGACACGGCCGCCGAGGGCCUGAUCGAGCAGUCCGGGGCCCUCAGCCAGAGAGUGCAGAGCAUGAGAGAGGUGGGGAACGCUCUUCCAGACAAGCACACUGAAGACAACUCGGAGAUCCAGGAGCUCACGAAAUACAAGCCUCACGUCCUCUUGACUCAGGAAAACACUCAAAUCAAGGAGCUGCAGCAGGAAAACAAAGAGCUGUGGUUGUCUCUUGAGGAGCACCAGUACACGUUAGAGCUGAUCAUGGGUCGCUAUCGCAAACAGAUGCUCCAGCUGAUGAUGGCCAAGAAGGAGCUGGACACCAAACCUGUUCUCAGUCUCCACGAGGACCAUGCCAAAGAGGUGCAGAGCCAGGUGGAGCGGAUAUGCGAGAUGGGCCAGGUGAUGAGGAGAGCAGUGCAGGUGGACGACCAGCACUACUGUUCUGUUCGGGAGAGGCUGGCUCAGCUCGAGAUUGAAAACAAGGAGCUGAGAGACCUCCUGACCAUCAGUAAGAGCUCUGUGAAGACAGAAAGAGAUGAAGCCAGCCGUCCGGACUCAGCAGAAACCAACGCAGCAGCAGCAGGAGAUGCAGCAGAAGCCACAGAUGCAGCAGCAGCAGCAAGCGAACCAGCGUCAGACCAAGGAGAACCCCCUCAGCUGUCCUCCCAGGAGUGAUUCGAGUAGCGUCAGACUAAACUGUGGGGUUGGGAAAACAAAAGAAGUCCUCUGAGGACCAGGCGACAGGGUCGAUGGUUCACCGCCACACUCUGAAUAUUCUUAUUUUUCUACACACAGAAUCAUAUGCAGUCAGACAGCACAUCCAGCACAGUUUUCAUAGUGAUAGCCACCGAAACACACCAUCCUGCAGGCGAGGACUCAUCAUUUCACCGGAGUAAAGGCAAAGGGGAUUGUUUUUUUUGUUGUUGUUGUUGUUUUUUUUGGCCAAAGAUGCAUUCACUCAACAAGGACACAGUUUCUACCUCCUCGGUGCCCCUUUGCUGUUCACACACACAAAACACACAGUGACAAUGAGUAAAACACUCACUAACACCCCUCCUCCUCCUCCUCCUCCUGUUAGUCCACUUGAAGUCUAUGAAGAACCCGGCUCACUCGCUGCCAGGAGGAUGACUCUGGCUGUUUCUCACAGUUUGCCUGCUGAGGAGUGACAGUGAAACCUUUGUAUGUAGUUGUUUCUCAUUUUCUGGAUUUGAGACAUUUCGCCGGUGUGUUUGUAGCGAUCACAUGAUUUUUCUCAAGUAGCACCUUGACUCUGUGCAUUUUUGUAGUUUUCAGCGAUGUGUACCAGCCAACGGCACACCCAAACAAUCAGUGGUAACAAUUUCAAGACAUGCCAACUUUUUAGUGUGACUCACAUCACAUGUUUGUUGUCUGAAACUGUAAAGUGUCAUCUCAGGAAAUCAGUGUUAAUAAGGUGAACGUGCUGUAAUGACUUCACAGUAGUGUAUCGAUUUGUGUCAAAUGAAAUUGAAUUCAGAAUCUUUGCAAUAAAAAAAAUGUGUGACUC